UGCCUCUCCACAUCCCGUGGAGGGCUGUGUGCAUGCCCACCGCAGCUCAGGCCCUGACCCCAGACUCGAGCUGCGGAGACCUGUGGGCCGCGCCGGCGGGAAGAUGAAUCCCACUCUCAGCAUCGGGGUGCUCCUGGCAGUGCUCCAGGCUGCCCAGUGCCAGACAAUCAGGGACCUGAGCGCCUGCCUGCUGGGGCAGAGCCUGCGGGUGGACUGCCACUUCGAGAACAAGACCAGCAACCCCCUGACCUACGAGUUCAGCAUCACCCGGGACACCCGCAAGCGCGUGAUCAACAGCAACAUGAACAUCCCGGAGAGCACCUACCGGUCCCGCUCCAACGUCGCCCUGCACCGGAACCUGAUCCACCUCUUCCUGUCCAGCUUCACCACCAGCGACGAGGGCGUCUACAUCUGCGAGCUGAAGGCCACCAAUGACUACACUGGCCACCAGAUCAAGAACAUCACCGUCAUCAAAGACAAGCUGGAGAAGUGCGCCGGCAUCAGCCUCCUGAUCCAGAACACCUCGUGGCUGCUGCUCCUGCUCCUGUCUCUGCCGCUGCUGCAAGCCGUGGACUUCGUGUCCCUGUGAGGGCAGUGCCCUGCCGCCAGGCCGCGGCCCUUGGACCGAGGAAGGAGGCGAACGCUUUGAACACACGCACUAUAUCCCUCUAUCUAUCUAUCUAUAGCCGUAUACCUGCCGCUGCCGCGCUGCCCCCCGUCAUCGUGCCCCACACCCGCUGGGGGGGUCCCCGUAGUAUGCCAGGGCCCCGCGCAUGGCGCCAUCCCUCACGUUCUGCUAGGCAGUGCUGCUUCUUCCAUCGCGAUUUUGCUUGCCCGUCCCACUACCCGUCCGUCUGCCUGUCCAGCGGGGUCGGGGUGGGGGGCAGUCCUAGGGAAGUGUGAGCAAAGAGCGGGGCCUGGGCAGAGUAAGGGGGGGGCACAGCUCAGACCUGGAGAGGGACCCAUGCCUCCAGCCCUCAGUCAAGGGGGGGUGCAGAGGCUGCUCCAGGAGCUGGGCGUGAGGUGGGGCGGGGGGUGGAUACCUUUUUCUUGAACUGAGUGGCACAUGAGGGGCAGAGACAGCCGGUCCAGGCUAGACGAUAUCCCGAGCCCCGCGCCGUGCCCUGGAAUCCGGUCCUCAGCUGUGACGAGAGAGAGCCGCUGCGGAGAGACCCCUCUCUGAGCUAGAGACACCCCCUCCCUGGCCAGAGCCCCCCA